AUGGCCCCGCGCGCGGGACAGCCGGAGCAAAGGGGGCCGCUCCUGCCGGGGCUGCUGCUGGUGGCGGCGGCGCUGAGCCGGCCCGCCGCACCCUGUCCCUUCCAGUGCUACUGCUUCGGCGGCCCCAAGCUGCUGUUGCGCUGCGCGUCGGGCGCGGAGCUCCGGCAGCCGCCGCGGGACGUGCCGCCAGACGCGCGCAACCUCACCAUCGUGGGCGCCAACCUGACGGUGCUGCGCGCCGCCGCCUUCGCCGGCGGGGACGCUGACGGGGAGGAGGUGGCUGCGGCGGCAGGCGGCGUGCGCCUGCCGCUCCUGAGCGCGCUGCGCCUCACGCACAACAACAUCGAGGUGGUGGAGGACGGCGCCUUCGACGGGCUGCCCAGCCUGACGGCGCUCGACCUGAGCCACAACCCGCUGCGCGCCCUGGGCGGCGGCGCCUUCCGCGGGCUGCCCGCGCUGCGCUCGCUGCAGCUCAACCACGCGCUGGCGCGAGGCGGCCCCACGCUACUGGCCGCGCUGGACGCCGCGCUCGCCCAGCUGGACGAGCUGCGCCUCCUGGGCCUGGCGGGCAACGCGCUGAGCCGCCUGCCGCCCGCCGCGCUGCGCCUGCCGCGCCUGGAGCAGCUGGACGCGCGCCUCAACGCGCUAUGGGGCCUGGGUCCCGAGGAGCUGCGCGCGCUGGAGCGCGAUGGCGGCCUCCCAGCGCCGCGCUUGCUGCUCGCAGACAACCCCCUGCGCUGCGGCUGUGCCGCGCGCCCCCUGCUGGCCUGGCUGCGCAACGCCACGGAGCGCGUACCUGACGCGCGGCGCCUGCGCUGCGCCGCCCCGCGGGCGCUGCAUGACCGGCCUUUCCUGGACCUGGACAAGGCGCGGCUGGGCUGCGCCGACGGCGACGCCGACGGUCGCGGGGAAGAAGUGGAACUCGCCGGCCCGGAGCUGGAAGCCUCCUACGUCUUCUUCGGGCUGGUGCUGGCGCUCAUCGGGCUCAUCUUCCUCAUGGUGCUCUACCUAAACCGCCGCGGCAUCCAGCGCUGGAUGCGCAACUUGCGCGAGGCCUGCCGGGACCAGAUGGAGGGCUACCACUACCGUUAUGAGCAGGACGCCGACCCGCGCCGCGCGCCCGCCCCGGCCGCCCCCGCCGGCUCCCGCGCCACUUCCCCGGGCUCGGGCUUCUGAGUGUUGCCCCCUGGGGGUUGACGGCUGUCCCUGCCAGCUGAUGACUUUACUGGGAUUGCCUGGCCCGAAGCCAUGGGUAUGAGACACCCGUGAGUUGGGGGCUUCGAGUCUUGCCCCUGACCGGCCUGAGACCUUUGGAUUAUGGCAUUCCCCCCCCCUCACCCGGAGGCCCCAAGCUGUACCCCCUCUCCCCAACCUCUGAGAGCUCUCACCAUCAAAGAUCAAGAGACACCCUCUUCUGAUUCCAGAAACCCUACCUGCCCAUCUAAGGCUCUGACACAUUCCUCCUCAACCCUCAAAAGCACCCUCCCCCUUUCAAUACUUGGCCAGGAAACUUUGUCCUUCAAUCCGAGAGCCCUAAGACUGCCUCCACCACCCUAUGCUUUGAGGCCUGACCUCUCAGUGGGAAACGUCACGCUAGACAUCACUGACUCCCAUCUCCAGCUUGGAGACCUCAACUCCCUUCCCAGGGCUCAGGGACCCUCUCAUCCCGUUCUGGUCUCAGAAGCAGAGCACUGCUCUGAAGGCUUUUGUGGACUUUGAGCCUUUUUCUCACCCCGGAGCCCUCCCAUCCUGCAGACGCCCACAUCCCAGGGCUCUGAGGGUCGGGCACCCUCCUCCGGUCUGGGGAUGUAUUUCAUACUGCCCCCCACCUCAGCUCUGGCUCAGGCUCUUCCCUUCCUUGGCCCAGGCUUGGGGCUCAGCUCCAUCUGUCUCCCAUCCCAGGGACAGUCAUACCCUGUUAUAGCCUUAGUACGGAACCGAUCCUCAGCCUUUCUCACUGGGGCUCUGAUGCCGCAAUACUCAGUGCUUGUCCCUAAUCUCAAGAUGCUCAGCUCUUCACCCUGAUCAGAAUUUAAUCCCCCCGCCCAAGUCUUAGGCUCUCUAUCCCCCCUACACCCAUCGCUUGCACUCACUCUGUCAGGGUCCAGUGAGGAAUCCAUUCCUGGGGUGUGCCCACCCCCCCUUUCCUCCUAGGAUGAGCUCUGCAGGCCUGCGAGAUGGGUGCAGGUGCCAGCAUACCCCAACCAUACUGGCAGAUCCCCAUGGAGAAGGAGAGAAUCCUAGGGGUUCAAAGUAGUUGGUUGGACCUCAGAACCGGGGUCACCCAUACAUCGUGGCCUCAGAGAGGGGUAGGGGAGGAGGCUCUGAAGGGCUGGGAGCUGCUGCCCACAAGCUCUUUCCUACCCAUGUGACUCUUCUCCCUUGGGGAUCCCUUGCUGCCAUGCCUCCCUCCCCCAUGCCUUCUAGAAGAGGUGAGGGGCCUCAUCUCUUGUCUCAGGCACAAGUUAUCCUGUUUAAGGUCAGAGUGUCAGUGCCCUGCCUUCUGCAUGAUCCCAAAGCACAAUUGGUGAGUGGGGAGGGGGCUUCCUCUCCCUGACUCCCAUCCCCUAGGUCAGGCAGAAUGGCUGGCCUGUGUGGCCUCUGCACACAGGAAGUCCCCCCCCCCAAACAUAUUGGCUUGAGGCCUGCCUUCCCACCCCCACCCAAGACAUCUGGAUCUCCCUUGGGCAGUUUUCUAUAAAGUCUGCAAUAAU